UUUAACUAUAAAAGAAGAGGUUCAACUAUUUGUCUUCAGUUUGAUCGUAGACUCUUGCUGCUUCCUUCCUCUCCAACUUUAUCUGUCCUAUUCACAUUCUGCACCGACAUCAUGGGGAUAGUUCUUGGAAUCGUAGUGGAUGUGGCAGUGGCAGCGGUGAUGGCAGCCGCAGAGGCGGCUACAGAGGCGGCUGCAGACGCUGCAAUGGAAGGAGUUGUAGAAGAAGCAGUGGAUGCAGCAACAGAAGGGGCGGCAGAGGCGGCUGCAGAGGCGGCAGAGGCCGGAACCACGGCUGCUGAAACCACAGCUUGGGUUUUGAGAAAUGUUGCCAAAUUCAGCAAAAUGAUUAAAGAAUUUUGUGAAAUUGAUGCUGUUUUCAAAGCUGCAAGAGCUGUUUUAGAGUCUCUCCGUCAGGACCCUGAAGCUGCUGAAAAAUGGAACCGACUGCAUAAAUCUCUUAGCUUAUUAUUAGUCCUAACCAGUAAGAUGAAGGAGUUGAUGAACUGGCUGGAGGACCAUAAAGAAGACACUGUGAAACUGGACAACUAUGACAUCCCUCUGGAAUCAGGCCUACUUAGCAGCUUCAUGAAACCACUGCUGAAGGCUAUUGCAACCUUGCAGAGACUGUCAGAGCACGUCUCUAAACAGAACUUGAACAAGCGUGCAAUGACAGACACACAGCUGACAAUGAUGCACAGAGGCAUCAUCCGUGUGGUGACAACACUCCAGUCGCUGGCUGAAUACGGCAAACAACAUGGUGGAAAGGUGCCUGUAUUGAUGUCUCUUCCAAUCAGCGAAAAAGAAGUUCAGAAAUGGAUGGGGGAUCUCGGUUGUGAAGGAGACAAAGUUCUCUCCCUUCUAAAGCAUCACAACUAUAAGUAAGCCUGUCCACAGUAAAAUAAGAGCCCAGCUGCCGGCUGUCUUAAAAAUAUGUAAUCAUCAUCAGCAACCCCCCUUGGCUCUACAGAAACUUUGAAACAUUGUGAGAAUAAAGUUAGGGGUAUCAGGGUCUAGAUUUUGAUAACUGGUUUAUCUGAGUUUGCUUUUGGCCUUGCUUUACUUGUGCUGUUUUAAAUUUACUUGUGUUUUAGUUGUUUUUCCUGUUUUAAUUUGAGAGUAUCUUCCUUUCUUUCCUUUUGUAAUGGUCUACAAUGGCCUGUGACUUUUUGCCAACGUCUAAAUGUUAAUUGUUUCUCAUUUCUCCAAUUGUUGGGCAUUGGGAUUUUAUUGUUAAUGUUUUUAUCAUAAAUCUAUACUUAAAUAAAAAGUCUUUACUGUGCACGUCUGUCAGGUGUAUACUUGAAUGUUUUUUGUCUUUUAGUUAUGUAAAGCACUUUGUGUUGCACAAGUUGUAUGAAAAGGCUUUACAAAUCAAGUUUGAUUUGAAAAUUACAAUUAAAACACUAAC